AUGGCUGAGCACCCGUCAUUCACACUCGCCGGCCUUUUGGCCGUCGGCGGCACCAUGGGCUACGUCCGCACCCGAUCAACGCCGUCCCUCGUAGCGGGACUGGGUCUCGGUGCAUCGUAUGCAGUCGCAGGCUACCUCCUCAAGGAGAACAAGGACUACGGCACCGAGCUGGCGCUGGGCAACAGUAUCGCGCUCCUCGGUUCUGCAGUUCCUCGAAUCAUCAAGACGGGCGCCCGCGCGCCUGUGCCUCUCGCUCUGGGUGCAACUGGUGCCCUAGCAACGUUCUACUACCAGAAGAAGUUCAGGGAGUUCAGAUUCGGUGUAUAA